UAGUGUGCUUUUCAACAUGGAGCCAGCUGCCUCUAAACGCGCCGCUUCUAGGACUUCAGGUGAUUCUGUCCCUGUGGAGGAGCCUGUGUCUAAAAGGGAUAAGCAUCAUGGCAAAGAGGAUAAGGAGUUAAGGAUGUGUAAAGCGUGUGAUAAUUCUGCUAUCAAGGGUAGAAGAUUAUGCCAGAUAUGUUUGGAGGAGUAUGCUACCAGAGACCUUAGCAAGAAUUUAUCUGCUACUCCUGCUCUCUCUCAUGCUAGUUAUCCUGAGAGACCCUCCACUUCUGCUGUCGCUCCAGUGGAUCAAUCCAUUAUCAGAGACUGGGUUAGAGAAGCAGUAUCUGAAAGCCUAAAAAACCUUCCGGGUAGUAAAGAGCCAUCUGCGCAGUCUAAAAUUGUAUUAUCUUCUGGGGAUGAAGGUGAAUGUUCCUUUUCUGAUGAGGAGGAUGAUGAUGAAGAUGAGUCUCAGUGUUUUGAAACUAAACUUGUUCCUUCUUUAAUUAAAGCGGUGAGAAGAACCCUUAGUCUGGAGGUCCCUCAGCCUGAAUCUUCCAUAUCCUCCCUUUUUUCUAAGAAGAAAAAGCCAUUUUUUCCUGUGCAUCCUGAAAUUAAAGACAUUAUGAAUCAAGAAUGGGCUAAAGGUCCUAAAAAGACCCCUGUGGAGGCUAAAAUUGCUCAGUUGUAUCCUUUUUCUCUAGAAGAUCUAGAAUUAUGGGAGAAUCUUCCCACUGUUGAUGCCCCGGUGGCACGCUUAUCAAAGAAGACGGCGCUUCCAAUUGACGAUAUUUCAGCCUUAAAACACCCGAUGGACAGACGUAUGGAAACUGAACUGAAAAAGUUAUUCAUUACGGCUGGGGCAGCUUGUAAGCCUUCUGUGUCCAUAGUUUCAGUUUCUAAAGCAAUUUCCAUUUGGGCAGACAACAUUGAACAAGCAGUUCUGGAGGAUUCUCCUAGAGAGAAGAUUGCUCAAGCCCUUUUAGAUCUCAAGAAGGCCGCAGAGUUUUGCCUUGAAGCUGCUAUUGAUCUUUCUAGAUUAUCGGCUCGUAAUCUUAUGUAUUCGGUUGCUGCCCGCAGAGCAUUAUGGCUUCGCUCAUGGUAUGCGGAUACCGCCUCCAAAAAUACGCUGUGUAAAUUGCCCUAUGAGGGUAAACGAUUGUUUGGUAAAAGCCUAGAUGAUAUCAUUGCAAAAUCCUCAGGAGGAAAGAGCACCUUUUUACCGCAGACCAAACGAUUCUUUGACCCGAAGAAACAAAAUGACAGAUAUUCCUCAAAGCGGAGGGAAGAUUCCAGAUAUUACAGACCUGGCAGAGAGUUUAAGGCACCUUGGCGUUCUGGUCAGUCUUCUUUUUUUCGGGGCAACAAGUCUAAGGGUCCCAGGUCCCCAAAAAAUCAGCCCAAGGCCCAAUGAGAUGAGGCCGGCCCAGACAGCCCGGGUAGGUGCAAGGCUACUAAAAUUUCAUCAAGUCUGGGCCAGAGAGAUAGAGGACGAGUGGGUGCUGUCAGUA